AUGCCAUUCUUUGAAGACUUUCUCACCACUCCAGCACGAUCAAAUAAUACCAAUCAUCAACCAAAGAAAAAACCCACAUCCACUAAUAACAAACAACAACAACAAAAUACAUCAACAACACAAAUGGUCGAUGAUGUUGUAGAAGUAAAUUCCGAUGAUUCCGAUGCCAUUGUUUCAUCACCCUCCACUGCAACUCAUAAACGAAGGAUUCCCAAAGUAUUAAAUCAUACCAAACCCAUUGUUGUUAUUGAUGAUAAAGAUGAGAGGAGUAGCAGUGGUGCUGCUGCAAUUGUUAUUGAAAUUGAUGAUAUGACAAAGCCUAAGGUGAAGAGAGAACGUUCGGAUGAUGUGGUUUUUGUAUCAUCAAAGAAAGUGGUGGUGCAAUCGACUUUAUCGGAGCCUUCAAUUGUUGCAUCUUAUAAUAAUAAUGGAAGCAAUAAUAGUAAUAAUAUGAAUAAUAUGAAUAAUAUGAAUAAUAGUAGUAGUACUUUAUCAAAUUCGACAACUACAAUGGGCAGUACUGUUGCAGCAAUGACACAAGAAAAAUCACAAUCUAAUAAUUCAUCGAUUAAUAGUGGAGAAAAGAGCAAUCAUUCCUCUAAUAAUUUGGAAAGUAAUAAUUCGAGCCAGUUUUCACAAGUUUCAACGAGUGCUAAUAGUGCUAUUACUACUACUGUCCAGACUACACCAAUAGGAAACAAUAAUUCCAGUAAUGGCGUGGCAGUUGUAGGUUCGCCCGAUGUCAUUGCCAAAUUACCAAAACCUAAAAUUGAGGAAAAUUCAAUAAUACCAUCAUUACAGCAAGCUAAUCCUAUUGUGAAUAAUCAACAACAAAUGGGAAAUGUCAAUGCAGAUAUGAGAAAUAAUUCGAACCCCUCUAUAACAAGUGGAAAUAAUCAAACAUCACAACAGAAAGAUAACCUCAAUCAAGUGACUUUAAAAAUUCCAAAUAAUUCCACACAAUCUGUUAGAACAGUGAGCCUAACUUCUUCAAACAUUCCUCCUCAACAACAGCAAAAUAUUGCAAAACCAAAAGAAACUAUCCCAACAGUACCAACUCCACCUUCUCCAAUUUUCCAACCCAACCAAAAUCCUGUAAAUACCAGAAUACCAAGCCCUGCUAGCAAUGUAACAAAUCCUACCAAUCAAAUUAACAGACCUGUAAAUAAUAAUUUAACUAUCGAACAACUCACGCAACAAACUCUAAUCACAAUUGAAAAUUUGAAAAGGAGAGUUGAGUUUAGUACUGUGUCAUGCCCUGUAACACGAAAAAUCGUUACUAAUCCAGUUUUGGCUAGUGAUGGAAUUGUAUAUGAUAGAACGUUCAUUCUGUCCUACAUUUCUGAGCAUGGAAGUUAUAGCCCUAUAGUGAAAGGAUGUAAAAUAACUGAGUCUUCUCUCAUUAAUGUUGAUAGCAUAUAUGCAAAGGCUGUAUUAAUGAUUGAGUGUAGAAUUUCAAAAAUAAUUGAAAUACUUCAAAGCCCUGAUUUUUUAAAGCUAGCUCCCUUAAUACCGGAAAAUUAUUUGGAUUUGAUUAAGUUUGCUUUGGAUUUAAUGGCAGAAGGGAAACUAAAUACACCUUCCACACCAAAAUUUAUUGAAUUUUUAAGAAAGAACAAAGCCAAGUUACUAUCUCAUUACAGUUCCAAGUUGAAACAACAAGGGAGAAACGAUCAAUCGUUGUACAUACUUAUGGAAAGUUAUGAAAUGCACAAAAUUGGAUGCCACUGUGACGAUAUUGCUUCUGUCAUAGUUUCACUUUUGACUGAAACUAAGGAACAAAAUGUUGUGAAUGAGGAAAAGAAAGCAGAAUUGAUACGAGAUCUUUUUACGAUUUCAAAUUUGUCUCUUCCUAAAUUAUUGACCUAUUUUAAUAUUGAGAAAGAUUUUGCCAUAAUAUUGGACAUACUUUCAGUAAUGAUCAAACGAAACAUGUGUAGAUAUGAGGCAAUUUCAACUUUUAUAAUUCAAACAAUAACUGAGAUCAAUAAGGGAGAAAUAGACAAUCCAUUUUACAAACAAAUUUUGUUUUUCAGGGAUCAAUUAGUGAUUUGCAGAAAGGAAAUGGAAUAA